AAGAAUCAACCGAUGGUGGGGGAAUUGUGUAAAACCGUGCAAAAAUCUAGAGGAAGCUUCAGUUACAUUCAUAGGUUUACUUAAGAUCGGUUCGGUUCCUGAAGUUCUCUUCCUUUAACCAACCACAGCGUUCUCGGUGUCAAGUUUUAUCUUCCCACACGGACUUGGGGAUUAUUGAUAUUAUUCGUUCAGUCAUAGGUGUUGAUAGGCUCGAGUGGUGCUAGCUAGAACGAAAAAGGAUUAUCCGAGCAAACCGGAAGCUGGUGCUAGGCCCCGUGUCCUUUAGCGCGGAAAUAAGCACUGCCUGCUAUCUAUCGGAAAGUGGACUAACUGUGUGUGUGGUUUUGGAGUGGCAAGGCCAAACAGCGUUUGUUGAUGGUGUGAUCUCUAACCCUUUUUUGGACCCUCUUCUCCGUCAGGAGUAGAGAAAAAGGUAGUUUGUAGAAUAAUCGGUAGCGGAGCUAUUCAGUGAAUUCUUUGCAACGUAAGAAAAUCAUCUGAACUGGAUUCAUUUUUUUAUUUUCAAUAUCGGAAGUGAAAGUGACUGAUAAAGAACAGAACAGGAAGCUGUAUCAGUGAAAGAGAGAAAGAGAAGUAAUAAACAUCGGUAGGUGCGUGCAAGUGUGCGUGUAAGUGUAUCCAAGGAUAAUCAAUUACAUAAUUUUCCGGGAGUGCAAGCUCACACGAACCUGUUCUCUGUUGUGUUGAAAACGAGAGCAAUCCAUCCGAAAUCGGAGCACGGCAGGAACGGAGAUACUCUAACAGAGCCAAUAUUUGGAUAGGACUGUUAUUCAUUCCACGUUGGAUUUGAGAUCUUCCAUAUUGAUACAAAAACCGAAGCAGCGCUAGUAGCUGUAGGUAGUGAUAACGGCAGAGAUUUAUUUACAUAGUUUUAUUUUAAGUUUAGCUUAGAAAACAAAACACACACACACACAAAAUGGCCUUAAUCAUGAAAUACAUUGACAGUAUGCACCAUUAUAUGGAUCAUUAUUCAGACCCCCGGACAAAAGGCUGGCCUCUAAUGUCAUCUCCCUUCCCCACGUUAGCGCUAUGUUUAGGAUAUGUUUACUUAGUCAAAGUCCUGGGUCCGAGGCUCAUGGAGAACCGCAAACCAUUCCAGUUAAGACACACCCUCAUAGCAUACAAUUUUAUACAAGUCGUUUUUAGUGCCUGGCUGUUCUAUGAGUGUCUGAUGGGCGGUUGGUGGGGCGUGUACAGCUUCCGGUGUCAGCCAGUGGACCACGGUACUACCGGUCAACCGAUGAGAAUGGUGCACGCGUGUUGGUGGUACUACUUUUCGAAGUUCACAGAGUUCUUCGAUACGUUCUUCUUUGUGAUGCGUAAAAAAACUAGUCAAGUGUCAACGCUACACGUUAUCCAUCACGGAUGCAUGCCAAUGUCCGUGUGGUUCGGCGUUAAGUUCACACCAGGUGGCCACAGUACCUUCUUCGGAUUGCUCAACACCUUCGUACACAUCGUCAUGUACACGUACUAUCUGUUCUCUGCGCUUGGACCCCAGUUCCAGAAGUACCUCUGGUGGAAGAAGUACCUGACUACCCUGCAAAUGGUCCAAUUCGUCGCAAUCAUGGUGCACGCCUUCCAGCUGCUGUUCAUCGACUGCAACUACCCGAAAGCAUUCGUCUGGUGGAUCGGAAUGCACGCCGUUAUGUUCUUCUUCCUGUUCAACGAGUUCUACCAAAACACGUACAAAGCGAACAAGGCGAGAAGAGAACGUGCAGCCGCAGCGGCUAAAGAAAAGGAAACAGCACUACAGAACGGUAGUGCCUCCAACGGAAGUCUCUCGUCCAACGGCAGUGCCGUACCAGCCACCAACGGACAUCUACACGGGAAGAAUGGUACGAUCUACCAUCACAGCAAUGGCAGUGCCACCAGCAACGGUGGUUCGUUGCUAUCCAACGGGGGCAACAAAACCACCGACUAUUACGUGCGGGGUGAUCUCCCGGCAGAGAUCGAAAUUACGCAACGACAGCCCAGCAGCCGCAAUCCGGUCCAAUAAUAGCGAAUUAGUACACCCUUCCCAAUAUCCUGCUUCUCCUCCCCAAAUCAUACUAUCACAAUCUGCUUUCCUCGAAAGUCAUAAAACCAGACCGUGUUCCCAUUCACGCACACACCCAACCGUUUCUAUUGUUAUUAUUAAUUAAUUUAUUAUGAAAACUCUUCACUAAUGCACGCACAUCACUGAUUUUUGUGUUUUGUUUUGCUGUACAGUGUUUCCGCUUCACUCUUCCAAAGACAUCUUUUUUUCCUCCAAAAUCACAGUGCUUUAAAUCACAAAAAAUCACUAACGAAUGAAGAACCAAACAAAAUUUUCUCCCUCCGAUUUACAUGCUUUCUCUCUCACACACAGAGACACAUACAUUAAGACUUGAAAUUAUCCCCCUCCCCUUCAAUAGUAGGAAUAUAUGUAUUUAAUUGGAUCAAGAAAAGAAAUUAUGUCGUAGAUGCUAGCUAUAGAGAGAGAGAGAGAGAGAGAGAGAGAGAGAGAGAGAGAGAGAGAGAGAGAGAGAGAGAGAGAGAGAGAGAGAGCGAGAGAAUGAGAAUCAAACA